AUGAUUCGUGCCAAUAUAAACAGUUUGUUUGAUCCAAAUAUUGAUGAAGAAAUAGAAUAUCAACCAGAUAUGGAAACUGAAUGGGAAGACCUUAUGGCUGGAGGACCUGCUAGUAUCAAUUUCAUGGGUGCUGUAAUGGCUGUUGCCAGCAGAGCAGACUUCCGUCUCAAUGCAAACUUUAGCUACACACUUGUUAAACAUCCAGACUCUUUUCAAACUACUCUUGUACAAGUUGCGAACGAUAUGUACAGAGCAUUAUACGGUGCUCAUACAGGUAUGCAGAAAAUUCAAGCCAAUAUGCGUCGAAUUCCAACACUUUUGAAAACGGUUCUCAAAGUUGUCACACAGGCUUCGCCGUUUAUGACCAAGACAUUGUUACCUCAAACUUUGUCACAUAUUGGUCAGUAUGCCAACGAGAGUGCUGCUGUUGCUCGAGCUUCACUUGAUCAAUUUGAUCAUCUUCAAGCACUUCUUCAAGAAGUUGUUGAAGCGAGUACUUCGACAAACAAAGAUAAUAAAGAUUUAGCUGAGAAACUAGCGGCCGAAGCUGAAGACAUGAGAAUUAAAAAAAUGAAUAUGGACCUUUUGAUGGCUAGUAUCAAGAACGAAUAUGAAGCUGCUCAACAAAAUUUAGAAAGAGCUCGACAAGAUUAUCAAGUGGCUAUGUUGAAUGUACCGGGUGGUCAGUGGGAUUCUACUGCUUGGAAUGUUUAUGCAUCUCAUCGUCCUUCUCGGACAUGCACUCAUAAAUGGGGCAUUAGAAAAUGUAGAUCUCUUCGUGACGAGCAAUUUCAACAAUACACCCACGAAGCAAAGAUAAAGGCUGAAGCAGCUCUAGAUAUUCUUAAAAGAGCAGAGGAACGCAGUCGAGAACUUUUCAAUGAGCAAAUGCAUAAACAAACUGAAGUAAAUGUAGCAAUUCACACUAUAUCAAUGAUUAACUUCAAUGAAACAUCAAUCAAUCAAACAAUUGCGAUACUCCUUGAUGCGGCACAAAAGAUUGCACUCAUUCAAACUCAAUGGAGUCGUAUCACUCGAUUCUUCAGUAAACUUGCUAUUGAUACAGAAUAUACACAGAGGGUGAUUCUACAAGAUUUUCUUGGUGUCAUUAAUGCAGCAGAAUCCAUGAGCGCACAUAUAAAUCUGAUAGACCAAACACUUUUCACGGUACUGUUAGUAGAAUCAGCAACAGAUAUUGAUCGCGAUUGUCAUCUGCUAUUUCUUAUGGCUAAAACCUACUCAGAUGUAUCAAGUGAAUACAUGCUAGAUCAGAUUGCUGGUUUAGCUGGUGUUAUUACCUUACAGAACGAUGGUGAACGAGAAACUUAUGUAAAGCAGGUAGCUAGCAAAAGCAGAGCAACAUCAAUUAAGAUUAAAGCACUAGCAGUUGAACGACAAAAGAAAUAUGAAUUGGCAAAUUUUGAUCGGCAAGAACAAUAUAUGCAAUUCAUACAAGAAGGUAUGAUACAAGAAGAAUUAAAUAAUCUUGGCGGUAUUGGUAUUGGAAAACGUUAA